AUGGGUCGCCAGUCUGCGUCGGACUUUGCGCGCGCCCUGGAGAGGCUUCCAGACGUGCUCGCAACUGCUCUCCGUGAGUCGCAGUCGGCGACAGCCUGUCGCUCAGUUCCGCCAGACGCUCCUCGUUCUCUUCCCGCCAUUGUCGAGGUAGCCAACCGUGCAGUGUCCCCGCCGCGCUUUGUCCAGCAGCCGCCUGUUCUCCCGGGUUUUGUUGGCGCUGGCAGAGGCCCAGCAAGGGGUCCGUAUCGUGACCCUCGUCCUCGCCUUGAGGAGGCGGAGUAUUCAUGUUCCACGGCGACCCUGCGUCAGCUGUGGAUACUGUCGGAGUGCCUAGAGGCACUGGCGCGUGUUCUCCGGUCGACUCGUGCGUCGAUGCCGAUAUCCCGCCCGAGCACAUUUGCUGAGAAACCGCAAGCAGCGUGCUUGGGGGCGGCGGAUGAGAUCCUAUCCCUCUUGGCGCCACUGCAGGCAGCGCCCUCCCCGGGUGCAGACGCGGCCAACCUGCUGGCUCGCGCGGCCCUGGAUCUGAGGCACAUUGCAGGGCCGGCUCAAGGCACACCCGGAGAUGCUCUAACCGCCUGCGUGUCAGUGGUCCGCCACUUUCACGGGGAGGCGGCGCACAACGUGUCGACGCUCAUAGGGGGGCGGUCGCCGCAGGCAGCACUCACCCCUUUAGGCGAGCAGCAGGCGGUGCUGCUGGGGCGCUACCUGCGGGACUACGUGGGCGUGCGCUUCCAUGCCAUCUUCUCCUCGCCCAUCGAGCGCUCCAAACGCACUGCCAUCCUCGCCUGCCAGGAGAUGGGGGUGGCGGAGAGCAUGAUCCGGUAUGCGGACGAGCUGCAGGAGCUCAGCCAGGGGCAGUGGGAGCGGCAGCCGCGCGCACGCAUCUACCAGCGCGGUGUGCUGGAGCAGAUGGUGGCCGCUCAGCCCGACUUCAGGGCGCCCGGGGGGGAGAGCCAGCGACAGGUUGAGUUCCGUAUGGUUGAGUUUGUGAGCAACAUCCUUUUUGUUCGACAGCAUCUGGAAGCGCUUGCUUCCACUCCAUCUGCACCCCCUUCCACCACACACCACCCUGCGUCGGCCCCACCCUCAAAUCUGCCCACCACGCCUGCUAAUGGUAACAGCAGCACUCCAGCAUCUGCUAACAGCAGCAGCAGCAAUCUUUCCAGCAGCACUGGCAGUGCAGUUAAUGCACAAGGAGGUGGGGCAGCAGCUGAUGAUGUUUUCCGUGUGGCGGUUUUCUCCCACGGCACUGCAAUACGGUGCCUUGUGCGUGGCGUUUUGGGUUCGGACCCUCAUCUCACCCACAAUAUUGGCAUUGACAACACUUCAAUCUCUCUUCUCCGUCACACUGCUCGGAAAGGGUGGCAUCUGGUCAAGAUGAAUGACACCACACACCUCAUUCUUGCCCGUGGUCCCCUAGGUCAACAAGAUGCUUCCUCCUGA